AUGCUGCAUAUAAGACAAUCACUAUUCAAGACUGGGUCAGCUGGGAGGUUAAGGAUACGGCUGCAAUGGCGGAGCGAAUCGACUGGCCGCACGACUCCGAAACAGCAGUUGGCCGACUACUUCGAAUACUAUAUGACGCCGAUCGCGCAGAGACCGUUCAUUUACAGGCCUAGAAACGCCAAUAUCUUGCUGACCAUGGAUAUCAAGGACCCAAAGACGAAUCUGCCCGUGAAGCCGCGUGCACCCAUAAAGCCGAUCGCGAAGUCCGUGUUGAACGAAUACAUCAAGUCAGCGACGGAGAAGGGCGAACUGUUUGAGUGGUUUAAGAACUGGACAAAAGUUUCCGUACGGAAACGUCAUCUGUGGAACUACCUCGACGCAAAACAUAUACAGAACGCCCUGGUCCACUCGUUCUUUGAGACCGGGGACUACUGCAGGAUCGUUGGGUUUUUCUACACGAAGAGGGGCUCCCUCGUGAAUUCGGGGAACGUCGGUGCAUACAACGUGGAGGAGUUCUUCAACACUCUCGUGAUGUGUAACCUCCACAGACAGCGGGUCAAGGGGUUCAAUGAGCCAGAGAGAGCAGCGAAGAAGUUGAAAGUAGCGUGGGGGGUGGUGACACAGAGGGAGAACAAGUCAGGGCUCGCAGAUUUGCUCGUACAGUGCAUGGCCAAGGAACAGAAUUUCAAACCAUCGCUGAGGGCGUUUGUCCGCAAAGAAGUACUAGAACUCCCCACUAGUGCAUCCCUCAGCGACUCCGAGGAAUUGAAACAGUUUGUCGCUGCCAACGAAAACACGUAUUUGAUUUGCAGGACACUCUUGGACUACGGUUCAGAUACAAUAACUGGCGGUAACCUCGACACUUUGAAAAGAUUCGUCACCGAGUACCAACAAGCCUCUCAAAAGUUUAACCUCUCAGACAAGUACGACGCGUACGUAAAGGCUCUCGAACAAUUGUACCCGAAGUCCGAACAGUCGCCUGCGCAAACGGAGACGACCACAGAUGAGCCAGCACAACCGAGCGAAUAA